GAAUAUGAGUCAGUUGCAUCCAUAAAGACAAGCAAAUCAAGCCUCUUUCUAACUUCCCCGGCUAGCUUGCAGCUCUUCUUCCCCCCUUCUGCUCCGGCCCUCUCAUAGCUAGAUCCUCACAUGUACUGCUGUCUUCCUCAAUCCUGGGUUCAGAUGUUUCACCUCUUCUCUAUCUAGCCCUCUUUCCAUCAUCUUUGGCACCUGCAAGAGCUAGAGCUGUAAAAGUUAGUUAGUGUCAUUUGAUGGAUCCAGCAAGGUACUGGAUCUUGGCCAGGAGGAAGCUGGGAGAUCAGAAGGCGCCUCUCUUCCCCACCCCUCACAUCACCAUCGGCGCCGGCGGCAGCUCCACCUCCUACUACGAGUCAUGGGAGGAACGUGCCUUCGCGGAAGACUCCGCAGGGCAUCUCGGGGGCUGCAUCUGGCCGCCGAGGUCCUACUCCUGCAGCUUCUGCGGCCGUGAGUUCCGGUCGGCGCAGGCGCUGGGCGGGCACAUGAACGUCCACCGGAGGGACCGGGCAAGGCUCAAGCUCUCUGGGGUUGUGGAGGACGGCACCGGCGGCGAAAGCCACGGCAUGCCGCCAAACCAAAACUACAUGAUACAACCAUGCCCUCCCCAAAUUGGCACCCUGCAGCACGCCUACAGCCCAAACCCUAGAAGUGGCAGUAUUCUCGCUGCUGACACUAACCCUAAUUCCAUAUGUGAUGUUGUCGCGUACCCUGCUAGAUCCUUGCUUCAAGUUGCAGCUGCUAGAACUGCCUUGGGCAAACAAGUCCUGAACGCCCCUCUUGUCUCAUCGAAGUCGCCGUCGGCUGGUAGAGAACAUGGUAAGAGGGAGACGUUGUUUCUUGGUGCUGUUCGAUUGGCACAGGAUCAUGACACGGUGAGUUCUAAUCUUGACCUGCGUGUUGGGAAAAAUGAAUUGAAGAUAACUACUGUUUUGGGGUGCCGAUCAAGAAGGGACUUUAUGUACGAUAACGACCGCGCGGAUGAUGAAAAGACUGUUGAAGCAAGUCACAAGAAAAGAAGAAUCGAUUUGGAGGUAAACCCCCUGAUUCUAACUUCUUCAACCAGUAAUCAUCAACAGCAAGAUGGUGGUGAUGACCAACAUCAUGAAAAGAUACUAAAACUUUAUCGUAGCUCCUCGGUUGAAGAACUAGAUCUUGAGCUUAGACUCGGGGAAGCCCCAAAAGAACAGUAGAUUUCAUAUCCACUGUUGUAUCUCAACUUGAUUACAAAUGUUUAAUUUGUAUUUAUUCACCACUCGUGUUUCAUUGAAAUGUUGGUUUGCACUAUCUGAAUUUAUCCUUGUUUUAUCCUAUAUGUUAAUUCUGCUUAUUUCCUUGGAAUGAUUUGAAGAAAUCAUUUUUCUCUUGAAAGGGAACUGUAAUGAAAAAAAGAACUAAAGUGACUUGUUAUAUGCUGUGUAAGAA